AUGGAUUCACCAUCAUCAAGGACACACCGUCACCGGCAAGGAUACAGCUUCACGACCGAGCUGUUCCGGUUGUUCGGUUCCAUCACAGCCCACUGCUACCGGCAGCUGGCACAGAAAGACCGCAGCGUGUGGGAACGACUGUUCUGGUUGCUGGUGCUCAUCCUCGAGGCAGCCACACUGGUUGCGAUCAUCAUCUCGGCGUGGAGUAAGUUCACGGCUAACCCACUCAUCACCACCCUGUACGAUACGAUCUACCCGAUCGAGUUGGUGCCCUUUCCGGCGGUUUCGUUGUGCAGCAACAAUCGCAUCUCGCGAACGGCCGCGUACCGAUACGCCCGCCAGUUGGCGGAACGGGACACCGAACGCCGGAAUGUGAGCUACUUUCUCGAGCAGAUCGUGCUGCUUGGGAAGCUGUACGAUUAUGAUCACGAGAAUCUGCACCAGAUGACCAAGUUCCAGGAGUUUCUCGAUCUGAACGACGUCAGUAAUGCGACCGGCAUGUACAACGCGCUGGACACGCUUGCCAGGCUUUCGCCACGCUGCGAGGAUAUGCUGCUGCGGUGCUUCUGGAAGAGCAUAGAGUUGCCGUGUCUGCUGCGGAACGAUAUGAUCGAGGUGCGUCGGACGCAGUACGGAUUUUGCUGUACGUUUAACUUUAUUGGCCACGUCGAGGACAACGAGAUUCAUCCCUCACCGUACUUCCUCGACGUCACUGGACCGGAAAUGGGAUUGGUGCUCCUGCUGAAUGGCUCCUCUAAUGACUAUUUCUACAACUUGUUCAACAGCAUCGGCUUCAACGUCUCUCACUCUCUCUCUCUCUCUCGCUGCCACGAAAAGCUCCAGAUUUUCAACCCCCACGAGGCACCCGACAGCACGGCCGGCGGUGUUAGCGAGCAGUUCGUCCACCUGGGCACGGAAACGUUCAUUCGGGUUGAUGCCAUCACCAUCAACAGCGAACCGGACGUGCUGCGCUACUCGAGACAGAAGCGCCAGUGCGUGUUUCGCAACGAGCUGCUAAAGUACGGCGCCAACUACGGCCGUAGCAACUGCGUGGCCGCGUGUCGCCUCCGUAGCGUGGUGGCACUGUGCGAGUGUGUGCCCUUUUUCAUGCCAUCAACCGGAGCUGCCGCCGCCAGUCGGUCCGUGACGACCUGCAAUCUGCAGCACAUCGGUUGCCUGAACAAGUACAAGAUCAAGUGGUCCACCGUGAUCACGAACAUCGUGCAGAUCCAGGGUCUCGAGAAGGAGAUGGAAGAAUCGCUCUACUGUCCGGAGUGUUUGCCACCGUGCUCGGAGAGCAAGUACCAGGUGACGGCCUCGGAGUUGCCCCUCAUACGGUCGCGCCGGGAUGGGGCCAGCAUUACGGCCGGGAUCGCGGACGUAACCGAGGUGGCCGUGGUGCGGAUCUUUUUCGGUCAACCGGAAACGUGGAUGUACAAGCAGAACGUGGCGUACUACUGGUUCGAGAUAGUGAGCAACUUCGGUGGGAUGUUCGGUAUCAUGGCCGGGAUGUCACUGAUAACGCUUACGGAGGCGGUGUACUUCGUUGGUCGCCAGUUGGUGUUGGUUUUUGUGACCCGCACGUGGAGUGCCAGGAUCCGGCAGCCAGCGCUCGAGCUGCUCCAAUGA